AUGUCACAACCUCAAGAAAACAAAUUAUGGGGAGGUAGGUUCACAGGUGAAACUGAUCCCUUAAUGAAUUUAUAUAAUGAAAGUUUAUCAUAUGAUAAAAUUAUGUAUGGUCCCGAUUUAACAGGAACUAAAGUAUACACGGAAGGAUUAAAUAAAUUAGGAUUAAUUAAUGAUGAAGAAUUAUCCAAAAUCCAUGAAGGGCUUGAAGUUAUUCGUAAAGAAUGGGAAGAUGGUACUUUUAAAGAACAACCAGGUGAUGAGGAUAUUCAUACUGCAAAUGAAAGAAGAUUAGGUGAAAUAAUUGGUAAAAAUAUUGCAGGAAAAGUUCAUACUGGUAGAUCAAGAAAUGAUCAAGUAGCUACUGAUAUGAGAAUUUUUGUACGUGAAAAAUUAAAAGAUUUAAGUGGGAAAUUAAAAUCUUUCAUUGAAACUAUUAUAAAAAGAGCAGAAAAGGAAAUUGAUGUUUUAAUGCCUGGUUAUACUCAUUUACAAAGAGCUCAACCUAUUAGAUGGUCACAUUGGUUAAGUUCUUAUGCUACUUAUUUCACUGAAGAUUAUGAGAGAUUACAACAAAUUAUUAAGAGAGUUAAUAAAUCACCAUUAGGAUCUGGUGCAUUAGCUGGACAUCCAUAUGGAAUUGAUCGUGAAUUCUUAGCUAAAGGUUUGGGAUUUGAUGAUGUUAUUGGUAAUUCCUUAACAGCUGUAAGUGAUAGAGAUUUUGUUGUUGAAACAUUAUUUUGGGGUACAUUAUUUAUGAAUCAUAUUUCAAGAUUUGCAGAAGAUUUAAUUAUAUAUUCAACUGCAGAAUUUGGAUUUAUAAAAUUAGCUGAUGCUUAUUCUACAGGUUCUUCAUUAAUGCCUCAAAAGAAAAAUCCUGAUUCUUUAGAAUUAUUACGUGGUAAAAGUGGUAGAGUAUUUGGAGAAUUAGCUGGAUUUUUAAUGUCAAUAAAAUCUAUUCCAUCUACUUAUAAUAAAGAUAUGCAAGAAGAUAAAGAACCUUUAUUUGAUGCUUUAACAACUGUUGAACAUUCAAUAUUAAUUGCCACGGGUGUUGUGAGUACAUUAAAUAUAAAUGAAACUAAAAUGGAAGAUGCAUUAACUAUGGAUAUGUUAGCAACGGAUUUAGCUGAUUAUUUGGUUAGAAAAGGAGUUCCAUUUAGAGAAACUCAUCAUAUAUCAGGUGAAUGUGUUAGAAAAGCAGAAGAAUUAAAUUUAUCGGGAAUUGAUAAAUUAACAUUCGAACAAUACCAAGAAAUCGAUAAAAGAUUCGAAAAAGAUGUUAUGGAAUCAUUUGAUUUUGAAGUAAGUGUAGAAAGAAGAGAUGCAAUUGGAGGAACCGCUAAGAGUGCUGUUUUAAAACAAUUGAAAAAUUUACAAUCUCAAUUAAAUUAA